AUGCAUUUCGCCGCAUUCAAAUCGAUCCCUGAAUCGAUGUCUCGCCCUUUGAAAUAUUAUGACAACAAUGUGAGCGGCUUGGUACAAUUACUGAGUCUCCUAGACGAAUACUGCAUUCGACAUUUCAUCUUCAGUAGUUCAGCUGCCGUGUAUGGGGCAAAGCUGCACGCAGGAAGCCCAUUGCGAGAGGAAGAAUUGGUUCACCAUCAGGAAACAGUUCUCAAUAUCCACGGGGAAGCUGAAAUUAUAGAGCCCGUCGUUUCGGGCCUUACUUGCCCUUAUGCGCGGACCAAGUACAUGGGAGAAGCUAUUCUGGCCGAUGUUGCCAAGGGGGACCCCUCUUGGCGCAUCGCAGUGCUUCGCUAUUUCAAUCCUGUUGGGUGUCAUCCAUCUUACCUCUUAGGAGAAAGACUCGUCCCUGGGGCGACGAAUCUCUAUCCGGCCCUGGGACAAGUCCUUAAAGGUGUUCGCCAAUCUUUCGAGUUGAUGGGAAGUGACUGGCCAACCCGCGAUGGUUCUUCCGUCCGCGACUUCGUGCAUGUCCUCGAUUCACACGUGGUCCAAGACGUGUGGGGGACCUUCACGCUUGCGUAG